GCAGGCGCAGACCUCAUGUUGGCCGCCGCAUCACGUGCAGUGGCUCGUGCGGUGGCUCGCGCCGGGGUUCGCUGCGCACCUCGCCCCGGGCAGCCCGAGGCUCGCACCGCCACCGCUGCCAUGUCCCGGUUGCUGUCUACCCCGCGGGCCGCCUCGGACGCCGGGGUCCGGCCCGCCACCGUGCUGGGCACCAUGGAGAUGGGGCGCCGCAUGGACGCGCCCGCCAGCGCCGCGGCCGUACGCGCCUUCCUGGAGCGCGGCCACACCGAGCUGGACACGGCCUUCAUGUACAGCGACGGCCAGUCCGAGAGCAUCCUGGGCGGCCUGGGGCUCGGGCUGGGCGGCGGCGACUGCAAAGUGAAAAUCGCUACCAAGGCCAAUCCCUGGGAAGGGAAGUCGCUGAAGCCUGACUGUGUCCGGUCCCAGCUAGAGACGUCACUGAAGCGGCUGCAGUGUCCCCGGGUGGACCUCUUCUACCUGCAUGCACCCGACCACAGCACCCCCGUGGAGGAGACACUGCGCGCCUGCCACCAGCUGCACCAGGAGGGCAAGUUUGUGGAGCUGGGCCUCUCCAACUAUGCCUCCUGGGAGGUGGCUGAGAUCUGCACCCUCUGCAAGAGCAAUGGCUGGAUCGUGCCCACCGUGUACCAGGGCAUGUACAACGCCACCACCCGGCAGGUGGAGACGGAGCUCUUCCCCUGCCUGAGGCACUUUGGACUGAGGUUCUACGCCUACAACCCUCUGGCUGGGGGCCUGCUGACCGGCAAGUACAAGUACGAGGACAAGGACGGGAAACAGCCUGCGGGCCGCUUCUUUGGGAAUAACUGGGCCGAGGUCUACAGGAAUCGCUUCUGGAAGGAGCACCACUUCGAGGCCAUUGCCCUGGUGGAGAAGGCCCUGCAGGCUGCGGAUGGCACCAGUGCCCCCAGCAUGACCUCGGCCGCCCUCCGGUGGAUGUACCACCACUCCCAGCUCCAGGGUGCCCUUGGGGACGCGGUCAUCCUGGGCAUGUCCAGCAUGCAGCAGCUGGCACAGAACUUGGCAGCGGCUGAGGAGGGGCCCCUGGAGCCGGCCGUCGUGCAGGCCUUUGAUGAAGCCUGGCACCUGGUUGCCCACGAAUGUCCCAACUACUUCCGCUAAGCCCCCAAGGGCUCAAGCCGCCAGCGGUUUCUUUCUUUCCUGUCCCCUCUUCUGUUCUCUCCCUUGGCCAGUGUUUGCCUUAAGCUGAUUCAGCCUGAUCUUCCGUGGCUGUCUGGAUCCACACGUUAAUUUGUAGAUUCCUGCCUUGCUCUGGUGGCCUUCUCACUGUGUAAGGCUGGGGCGGAGCCCUGCUCGGCAGUUCCUGUCUGAAUAAAGCAGGCACUUGACCCGGCUGUAGCCCAGGCCCUGAGUCAGCACCACGGGCUUGUCUCCAUGCUGCCUGGGGGCUUCCUGCCAAAGGGGCAGAACCGUGUGCUGGGGUCUUCAAAGGGCAGAGGCGCUGAGCGGGUCUCAGUGCACACUGCCCUCAUGAGGUCUCCCCAGCCUCCUGUCCUGAAUCCAGCCUGGCCCCUGACACUGGGGCUGCAGGUGGCCCUCACUCUCCUACACACGACAGAGAAAGAGGGCCACACACUGUGAAGCGGGUCUUCUCUCAUUUAGAAAUGCCCUCACUAAACAUUUACAAAAUCAACAGUUUGGGUAAAAACGUACUAUUAGAGUCGCCCCGAGAAGAAUAGAAGCUCCCAGGACGCUGUGGACCAUUUUGAACCCACGCUGUCAACUUCAGCGGUGGCUUCGCUCUUGCCUUGGCUGAAGCCUCCUGUCUCUGGUCAUCCACCACAUUCCUGGCCCUUGCGCCGGGCCUGCUGCUGUUGGGAGUGGGGUUGGGGCACGGGCAGCCAGGGCCCCCGUUUCCCUCCGCAGAUCCCCGCUCUAAGCAGGAGGCACCCCAGGCUGGAGCCGAAGAGCAAUGCCAGGGCUGGGGGUUGCCGUGUGACCAUUCCCAGAGCGGAAAAGUCCCUUCAGCCCUGGGUGAGCGGUGGAGGCCACACUCAGAACUUGCUCAGCUUGAAGUGAUGAAGGGGCUCAACUCGGAAGCCCUACAGAACCACCAUUGAAGGCUCCUUGUUCUAAGGAAAGUCCCAUGGCCGUCUAGAGGGAGGCACCCUGAAAACAGAAUAUAUUCUCUCCAGAAACGAGUGCCCCUCCUUCCUCUUCGUCCAUGAUAAAAUGGAAGCUUCCCCUAAGCGGGGUGGUGUGUUAGUUAUUGCACAGCAGACCACCCAAAACUUGAGUUGCUUAAAAUGACACAAUCCCCCAAAUUAAAGAUUCAGUGCAAACUCUAUCAAAA